AUGAGCGGCGCAGCCGAGAAUACGGAUCCACUUACUACCCUGAAUAGUUCGAUUCAUCUGAAUGAAGAGGAUUGGCUACAGUUCCUGCAGAAACUGACCCCAACGAGCAUCGAAAAUCUUCAGCAAACACUGAAACGGCUGCAACAACGUGAGUCACUUGUUUCAUCGCCGGAUAAGCUCAGUUUCCUGGCGACAGCCUCACAGCUAUGUGGAUCUCCUUUAAUUCCCUCAUCUUCCGCCGAGUCAAAUAUGCUGGCUAAUCAAACCGCGCCAAUUGUCAUGUCUUUAGGCAUGUCAAAAGCCACGGUUCCAUCUGUGAUUACUGUGCCCCCUGUAUUGAACGUGGCGAAGUCGGUUUCCAACGUAAUGCCCAACACUAUUGUGUUACCUUCCUCGGCUUUGUUGAUUACGCCUUCGAACCAUGGACAAACGUUCUCUCUGGAUUCCAGUUUAUCCAACACGGGCCUAAAUCGUCUGGUAGUUACAAGUGGGGAUCUACUUAAUGCAGCCAGUGGCUCCAGUGUGCCUUCUUCUCUCUCUCCACCCUUAUCCUCUUCAUCCUCCUCGAAUGAGGCAUUCAACAGUCUCAAUACAUUGGCCACUGCCGCAGUAGCUGUAGCGGCGAACUCCUCGAAGCAGGUGAGUGUGGGUUGA